AUGCAGGGUCUGAGUUCGCGGGCUCACGCCUUCUCCGUGGAGGCGCUGGUUGGGAAAAGCUGCAAACGGGUGAAAGUAGAAAGCGAAAAGGAUGAGCGACUGCAGGAUCACUCAACGCCCGAGAAGGAGCGUAGCUCGUCAGCAGGAACCAUGAUCGCCGAUGGGGAAAUGCAGGAAAGCGAGAGGCGGAGGAAGGCGUCCCUGCUUUUACGGAAGCCCGUGGACAGCGAACGCGAUCCGGAAUCGGAGAGAGAGGUGCGCAUGGAACUUCAAGGGUCGGACUUGUGGAACCGAUUCCACGAAAUUGGCACAGAAAUGAUAAUCACUAAAGCUGGCAGGAGAAUGUUUCCAUCGGUUCGGGUAAAAGUAAGACACUUGGAUCCGUUCAAACAAUAUUACAUCGCCAUGGACAUCAUGCCCGUGGACUCCAAGAGAUACAGGUACGUGUAUCACAGCUCCCAGUGGAUGGUGGCGGGAAACACUGAUCACUCGUGCAUAGCGCCUCGGCUAUAUGUUCACCCCGACUCGCCGUGCUCGGGGGAGACGUGGAUGCGUCAGGUCAUCAGCUUUGACCGUGUCAAACUCACCAACAAUGAGAUGGACGACAAAGGCCAUAUCAUCCUGCAGUCAAUGCAUAGGUACAAGCCACGCGUCCAUGUAAUUGAGCACGACCCCCGCUUGGACCUUGCUCAGAUCCCGUCUCUGCCGGCUGAAGGCGUGCAUACUUUUUCCUUCUCAGAAACCCAGUUUACCACAGUGACAGCGUACCAGAACCAACAGAUAACCAAACUGAAGAUUGACAGAAACCCUUUCGCCAAAGGUUUCAGAGACCCAGGGAGAAACAGGGGGGUUCUGGAUGGGAUCCUGGAGUCGUAUCCAUGGAGAAAUCCAAUCAGUCUGGACUUCAAGCCCUUUGCGCUGGAGCUGCAAGAUGGCAGUUCUGGGUCCCCGGGUGGCUGUGUGGGCCUCUCACCCCUGAAGAGCCUCCUGCCCCCGUCCACCUGCCCCACCUCCUCUGGCCCCUUUGCCCUGUCCUGCGCCUCCGACUCGGCUCUCCAUGGCCUCUCCGUCCCGUUCUGCUACAAGAUUUCCCCCGCCACCAGCCUCCUCGCUGCGCGUGCCUACAACUCCCAUGGUGCCGAGGGGUUGCGGGGAUACCAAGGGCUGCUGCGGCCCCUGGCCGCGGCUGACUUCCCCUUGCUGUCCGCCCUGCACAGCAAGAAGGUGGCCAGCUGCAGGGGCCAGUGUUUGCAGGGACCGCCCGGGGCAUCGUCAGCCUGCUUCCUCCACCUGCAGGGGCUGAGAGGGUCAGGGGUCAACUCAGUGCAUCAUGACCCCCUCCCAUCAACGCUCGCCUCGCCGUACAGCCUGUACGGCUGCGGUCUGCCCACGACGCCCCAGCUGUCUUCGCUGGCGCGGCAGCACGCCAAGCUGGCCAAUGGCGGAGGCGCUGCCGCCACCGCCGCAUCGUCGGCGACACAGACUGAGAGCCUCCUGCGCCAGGCAGCGUUGUGGCACCCGGCCAUCAACCACUGCCUCUGA